CAUUAACGCUUCAAUAUUAGGGCAUAUAAAGAUGAAGCGAAUGAUGCUUUGUUUCACCAAAGCCGGAACGAGAUUGCUACCCUUUCUUGCGAAUCAAACGUCGCCACGGUGAGGUUUGGUGGCUGGGAUGUUCUCUCGUUGGCGCGAUCAUCUUCAUAGCUCCAUCCUCAGUCCCAGCCUCCCCCCUCUCGCUAAGGAAAACUUCACCCAACCACCUCAAAUAAUACCUUUCAGAGGAGCCAGGGCCAUGAAAUGUGACGAGGUAAUCAUGGCUCUUGUCAUUAAUAAUGGGCCUCCCCACUCCGGCUCUGCGAGUUUCUUUCUUUCCCCUGCGCUCCCUUCACUUCGCCUUUCUUUCACCCCCGGCGCCCAUUGAAUGAAUGACGCAGAAUGGUCUCCAGUGGAACUGCUACCUUGAAAACUGUUGACAGAAGCAGGCCGCAGUUGGUUCACACUCCCUCGCAGCAAUCCGUUGCUGCGUCCUCUGACUACUAUUCGUUGUCCGAUGCCACUGUCAGCUCCGGACAAAGCAGGAUCACGGUAGUUCGAUACCAGACACCUCCGUCACGGACGGUAACUCCCGCGGAGAAUAUGAUAAACAGUGCCCCGAGGGAUCAAGCUGGCAGGCUGUCGGAUCCUCAACUGGCCGGUUCCGCUUUUCGGGCUGGCGCACGAACAGAUACAGCAACUCCCACUCCGGCCGUCGAUGAUACUCCGUACAUUCGUUUUGCAAUCGAUCAACUGACCCGCGAUGAAGAACUGCGUGGUCAGGGUCGCCAGGGAACCAUUGUCAGCACGGAAGACUAUCCCAUUGAACGAAUCAUCCCCGAUGAAGGCUUAGGAUAUUAUACACCUCCUUUAAUACGGCGGGCGGAUGAGCCAGAGCAGCCGGAACAGCCACAACAACCGCAACAGGAGCCCGAAAAUCCUCCCCAACAUGACCCGGCUGCAUUUUUUAUUCCAGUGGAUCCCCCACGAGACAGAUAUCAAUAUCCUCCGCUUACCGCUGCUCCGUGCAUCCUCCGUCCAUUGCUACUUUGCCCUCUCAUCUUUUCAUGUCUCUGUAUGAUUGCUGCACUGGUUUUCUGCAGCGUAUGGUGCCAAAAGUACGACUGGUUAUGGGAAUAUAACGGUUUCGGGGGUUCGAGGUAUUUCGUUUUCGAAUUUCUGCCCCAAUUGCUGGCGAUUUUGAUCGUUAUUUGCGUCUUUGUCGUUCAAGCCGCUGUCUAUCGGGUGAUCCCCUUCUCCAUCAUUGCUCGAACGAUCAACCGGCAACGUGCCCUUCAGAACUUGCCCAUGUUUCCACGGAACUUCCUCUUACCCGAUCUGUCCCACUUCCAACAUGGCGAACCAUUGAUUGGGGCUUGUCUUCUUGUUAUCUGGGCGACGAACUUCAUUACCGUUCCACUUCAGAGCUGCCUUUUCCAGCCAAAAUGGUACGCUGGUGGCGGUGAGGCCGGGUUUAAGUGGACCACCGUUCAGCCCAUUGCCUGGUUGCUGGUCGCAGUAUACGCGCUUCUUGCAGCAGCCCUUGUUGCAAUAGCGCUCCGGUUUAACUUGGGAGUCACCGGACUACAGUGGGACCCGAUCUCCCUCGCCGAUAUCAUUCCAAUGAUUCAGAAAUCCAAUAUUUUGCAUGACUUUGAUCAGGCUGAAAUCGCCGAUAGAGUGGAGGAAUUCCUUCCUCCGCGCCCGGUUCGUCUAGGAUACUGGAAAACCUCAAUGCACCAGGAAAUUUUCUACGCGAUAGGAGAAGAAAAUGCACCAUUGCAUCGCCUGCCAGAACGGAGCGAGGUUCGUAAUGAAAAAUCUCGUGCGAAAGAAAUGGAAACCGAAGAGGUUGAUGUAGAACGGCAGCAACUUAACGACAAAAACUCUUUCGAAAGAAACCUGCACUCUCCAUUUAUUCGAUUCCGAUGGGCUCCUUGGUUCCUGCGGGAUACUUUUGUAGUAGCUUGGAUCGUGAUUGCGGUCGUCCUUCUCAUCGCUUUUAUGGUUGUUAGCUUCGUCAAUCAACCCAUACGGAACGGGUUCGCCCCUCUUCUUUCGACGGUUGUGUCAUCCUCAGGUUUCUCUCCGUCUAAUUUUCUUUACAGCUUUAUUCCGGCGCUGAUUGGAAACUUCUUUUUUCUGGCCUGGCAACCUCUGGAUGUUUAUUUCCGCGCUAUCCAGCCUUUUGCAUCUCUCUCCUCUCCCUCCGGAACCUCCGCUGAAUCAAGCCUCCUCCUGAGCUAUAAUUCGUGCUUUCCUGUGGAGAUCACUUUUGUUGCUCUGGCUAAUCGUCACUACAAAGUCGCAUACAUCUCCUUUGUUGCGUUGGUAUCUCUAGCAAUCCCAGUCCUUGCCGGCGGCAUGUUCAUGGCUGAAUGGUAUUCUGGGGAAAGCGAGCUCCGAGUUUCGACGCACCUACCCGCAUUUUAUGCCCUCAUCGCAUUUGUUAUGCUCUACGCCCUGUCUUAUUCUAUCCUCUGGCCCCGCCGAAAGAGAUACCUCCCGCAUAAGCUCUCCACCUACACGGAUCUGAUCAGCUUUUUGUACCAAAGCCCCCUUCUCUCGGAUAAAACGUUCCGUGAACCGAAGACCAAAGUAGAUUUGGUCACUCGGACAAUCAUCCCGCCUCCAGGAGAGGGCGGGACGGCGCUCUAUGCCUUUGGAGUCUACCAUGGACUAGAUGGCAAGGAACACCUAGGAAUCGAUAGGCUAAGACGUCCGGAAAGGGGCGAAAUGUUGGUUUCUCCACCACCGGGUGGUCGACCAUUUUCGAUGUAGCGAUAUUUUCUUUCUGCAUUUUCUGUUGCAUCCAUGGAGUCUAAAUUUCGGAAUGUUCGCGCAUACAGUGGUGGCUCUUUGGGGUUUAUUUGGUUUCUGUGAAUUUUUUAUGAAUGCCUAAUGAUAAUGAUUGAUGUCGAUGAGAUAGACUAUUCAG